CUGCAGGAUUUCAAAGUGGCGCCAAAUUCCGGGAGUCACGUGGCCGAGUACAAAGCCCGUACUUAAGCUCGUGGCGCGAUUCUCAGUUCAUCAUAGCGCUGAGCCGUGGGUGUGUCUGGGAGAGUUGAGAGCUUUAUUUCGCCACUUUUGUAGUCUCGAAUCAACCAUGAGUUCUGCCAGAAAAAUGAAGCAAGCAGAGAAUCCUUGUGAAAACAUAAAGAAGUUUUUUGCAGCACAAACAUCAGGUGCUUCAUCGGGGAGGAGAACACUGCAAGUCCUUCAGCCAUCUGCGGUUAAUAAGAACCUUGGCAAGAUAACUGAGACUGGGAAGGCUGUUCCUAAGAGAAAGCUGUGGAGUGCAGACCAGGUGAAGGGCUCAAAGAGGGUUAAAGCUGAAGUGGCAGUAAAAACCACAGACCUAGAAAACGAGAACCAGCCUGAAGGAAUCACUCAGGAAGCCUAUGAGUUGAUGGUCAAAGAAACUCCUUCGUCUGCCUACUGGAAGGAGAUAGCAGAAGAGCGGCGUAAAGCACUGUUCAAUGUUCUCCAGGAGAAUGAGAAGCUGCACAAAGAGAUAGAAACUAAAGAUGAACAGAUUGCUCAACUGAAAAGUGAAAAUGAUGAACUUCAGGAGCUAGCACAGCACGUCCAACACAUGGCUGACAUGAUUGAGAGGUUAACUGGUAAAAGUCCAGAUAAUUUGGAGGAGUUGCGAGAGAUUGCCUUUGAUUCAGUGGAUGAUGAGGAUGCAGAAGACCAGAAUGAAGAUUAUGAAGAUGACAGUGCAAAUGAAGAUGAGGAUGAAGAACCAGAGUUGGAUGAACAGAAUAAAGAACCAAUGCCAAAAGCAGAAGAUGCCACUGCUUCAGAUGCAGAAGAAGCUCCCUCAGAUGCAGAACAGCCAAAGUGAUUUAAGGUCUUAGCCAGUUGUGAAGAAUUGAUACCAGCACCAGUGGUGCACUAACUUGGUAUGUUUCAAUUGCCUGUAUGUUUGACUGCCUUUUGAACAAGAGAUGUGCAAUUACCUUUUGUUUUUAAGUGACAUGCCUUUUUUUAUAUUUAACUCUUUGUAAAUACAUUUGACUCAACUUUUUAUGGCUGUGUAGGUUUGAUGCACUCUCUGUACAUAUGUAAAACUUGGACAUGUACAUGAAUAAAGUGCUGUAUUUU